GAGCAGAAUAAAGGGCUGGCCGUCACAGGCCACGAUCAGCCCAGUGUUUAGUGUGUUUCGGAGGUCAAGAUGGGAAACUAAGGUUAUAAUACAAUACGAGAUAGCGUCUUGUUGCAGUGAUCGGAUGUCGACAUGGGAAGCAAAGUGAGUGGCAAGAUGGCAGCCGCCAGUCGGGUCGUGCAGGUUGUGCGACCUCAUGCACCUUUAAUUAAAUUUCCAGAUCGGCAGGGCAUCCUUAAGCCAAAUGUACAAGAGGCACUGAAGGUGCUUGCAGCCAGUCUCCCACAGAUCUCCCCAUCCGCACCUCCACCUACAGCAUCAAUACCACCUCCACCCAGACCACCGGGACCCAUCAGCCGACUGCCUGGCACCCCUGACAGCAUUGAUGUAGUUCGAGGUCUCCCUCACAAAUACCGCAGAAGAACCCUUGCUUUAGAUGAAAUGGACUACAUCCAGCGUGGUGGGCCAGAGUGACUGUUGUCUGGUCCAGUUCAUUCAAUCAGAUUCUAUGUCAAAAUCAGUUGCCUGACAUUUUUUUUCAGUAUAAGAGGAGUUCAUAAUAUGUUAUGCAGCAAACCAAACUAAUUAAAUUAGUUUUAUUGUACGUACAUAUUAUUUGACAACUGUAAAGCCUGUGCAUGGUUGUUUCAUUAUUUAGGUGCUCUGUAUUUACAUUAAAAUGCAGAACUCUUUGCCUUCUUAUUCUUCAGUCCAUCCAUAAUGUGUGUACACUGGCUAGCACCUCUAAUGACCAUCAUGAACAGAGUUUAUGAAUUUCCUCUUCCAUUGCAUUAUAUGUUCUGGAUUCAGAGAAAAGCACUAAUCCGAGUGCCAGCCUAUUCUACAGGUCUAAACAAAAUGGAGUAUUGUGAAACUGAAC